CAUCCAGACUGUUCUGAAUUCUCUCUGCUGGAUGAAUAAGAGAGUUCUCUAUUGUCUCCUACGUAGAGGUAGAGAGAGAGAGAGAGAGUGAUGGGUUCUUCGUCGCCUCAGCGUUCUCGUGGUGGUGGUAACAGUAGCAGCAAUCGCGACGAUAAAAAUGAAAGACCAAGGUUUUUCGACUCCAAGGCGAAGAGAAGUUGCUGGUCCGAAGCGAAGAUAGUCCCAGGUCGACACCCGGAGAGGUGGCGCUUCGACGCCGCCGGCAACAUCGUCUGCAAGCGCUUAUGCAACUGCCUGGGCUGCCUCUGCUUCGAGUACGACCACAUUAUCCCUUACUCCAAAGGUGGUGAAUCCGUAGCAGAGAAUUGUCAGAUUCUGCAAACCAGGGUGAACAGGUAUAAAUCAGACAAAGAACAGGUGGAAUCUACACAAUUGCAAGGUUACUCAUGUGAUGUCAAAUUCACUGAGAAGGAGCUUGAUAUAAUUGAAAUGGCUGUCUAUGGGGACGUAAUCCGGCCAGGAAAUCAAUGUCGAUGCAGGACUGUUGCCGAAAUGCUCGGCAAAUUCAAAUCCAAAGACCGUGUCGAUGCUUGCAAGUUGCCAUACAGCGAGUAGGCAAGGGUUGGACAAAUGCAUCGUGAUUUACCUCCUCCUCAUUCACAUUGGUUUAAUUUAGUUUGAUUUCCGUGUACCUUCUGGCCCAUUGUCAGAAUGGUUUGAAAUGGAAAAAAUGCCCUAGAGUAGAAUUGUUGUUGUGGAGUUGGGCUUCAUACCAUUUCUUAAAACUUGUAGUGAGAUAAAGUAGAAGAGACGCAGAUAUUAGUUUAUUUCAGUCAAUUGAGCAUUUAGUGCUCAACAAAAUGUAUUUUAGCUGCAAUCAAAAACUUACCUUGGUUAAUUUUACUUCA